CGGCCCCCAGUCCCCGCGGCCUCCGGCCUCCGGCCCCGCAUAGGAGCGGGUGCAGCCUCCCCUCUGCGCUCCCAUCCCGGUGCAUUCCGUUGCCAAGGCCAUGGCGCGAGGAGACGCUCCGCAGGACAGCUACCACCUGGUCGGGAUCAGCUUCUUCAUCCUGGGGCUGGGCACCCUCCUUCCCUGGAACUUCUUCAUCACCGCCAUCCCGUACUUUCAGGGGCGGCUGGCAGGGGCCAACAGCACAGCUGGGACCCUGAGCACCAACCACACUGGCCCCACAGACACCUUCAACUUCAACAACUGGGUGACGCUGCUGUCCCAGCUGCCUCUGCUGCUCUUCACACUCCUCAACUCCUUCCUGUAUCAGUGCAUCCCUGAGGCGGUGCGCAUUCUGGGCAGCCUGCUGGGCAUCCUGCUGCUCUUCGCCCUGACAGCAGCGUUGGUGAAGGUGGACAUGAGCCCUGGGCCCUUCUUCUCCAUCACCAUGGUCUCUGUCUGGUUCAUCAACUCCUUUUGUGCAGUUCUGCAGGGAAGCCUCUUCGGGCAGCUGGGCACCAUGCCAUCCACCUACAGCACCCUCUUCCUCAGCGGCCAGGGCCUGGCUGGGAUCUUCGCUGCCCUUGCCAUGCUUAUGUCCAUGGCCAGUGGUGUGGAUGCCCAGACCUCUGCCCUGGGAUAUUUCAUCACACCCUGUGUGGGCAUCCUCAUGUCCAUCGUGUGCUACCUGAGCCUACCACACCUGGAGUUUGCCCGCUACUACCUGGCCAAGAAGCCCUCACGGUCCCCAACUCACGAGCUAGAGACCAAAGCUGAGCUCCUCCAGGCUGAUGAGAAGAAUGGGAUUCCCAACAGCCCCCAGGUGGCAACUCUGACUCUAGAUCUUGACCCUGAGAAGGAGCCCGAGCUGGAACCAGAGCUAGAUGAGCCCCAGAAGCUAGAAAAACCUUCAGUCUUCAUUGUCUUCCAGAAGAUCUGGCUGACGGCGCUGUGCCUUGUGUUGGUCUUCACAGUCACCCUGUCGGUCUUCCCUGCCAUCACAGCCAUGGUGACCAGCUCCACCAGUCCUGGGAAAUGGAGUCAGUUCUUCAACCCUAUCUGCUGCUUCCUGCUCUUCAACGUCAUGGACUGGCUGGGGCGGAGCUUGACCUCAUACUUCCUGUGGUGUCCAGCCCAGGGCCCAGCCCUCCGUGUUCAGAGAAUGUCAUGUGGAGUUUCCUAUACCUGCCAGAUGAGGACAGCCGGCUGCUGCCCCUGCUGGUGUGCCUGCGCUUCCUGUUCGUGCCACUCUUCAUGCUGUGCCACGUGCCUGAGCGGGCCCGGCUGCCCAUCCUCUUCCCUCAGGACGCCUACUUCAUCACCUUCAUGCUGCUCUUCGCCGUUUCCAAUGGCUACCUGGUGUCCCUCACCAUGUGCCUGGCGCCUAGGCAGGUGUUGCCACAUGAGAGGGAGGUGGCUGGCGCCCUCAUGACCUUCUUCCUGGCCCUGGGACUCUCCUGCGGAGCCUCCCUCUCCUUCCUCUUCAAGGCACUGCUCUGAAAGGCCCGUCAGGGCUCCUGGCAGCCCUCUUCUCAGCACAUCUCCGGGAGCUGAGACCCAGCCCAGAAGGGAUGACAGGCUGGGCUCAGGCCUCUGCUGGGCAGGCUCUUGGCUGCAGGUGCAGGAGGCAGCAGAAGCCACUCUCCAUCCCUGGCUGCUGGCUACUUGGGGUUCUGCAAGAAAGAAUCCACCACCGAUCAUUCUAGGCCUCACAGAGAACGGACUUCAUCUAGACACACAGAAGACCACAUUGAGAAGAUGGCAAUCAAGGAAAAGAGGGUGAAGACCAAGGUCCUCCCCCACCAUCAAGACUGCAUCAGUUAAUCAAGACCUCCACCUGCUGACCCCGGAGCAGAACUGCCAGCAGGCCUGGCUGCAGGUGCAGCUGAUGCAGCCUGGACCUCCAAUCAAAGUGGGAGGUGGGGCCAACCCAGAGCAGGGGCUCUUCCUUGUCCUGGGCCCCAGCCACCCAAUAGUCCUCUCUCCCACGCAGGGCAAAAGGUGCCAGGGAAGUUGAAGGGAGCAUGAAGGAAGAGGUGCUGAGUGAGGAUCUGAGGGUACUCAAAGGACCCGGCUCUGAGCCUCAGUGGUUUUUUGUUGUUGUUGUUGUUGUUUUUGUUUUGUUUUUUUCUUUUCGGUACCAGGGAUUGAACUCAGGG